CGAUGAUGAUCCCCCGUUGUGUGGAUUGGACCUGCCGGAUCGUGGAGCGCCCGAUGAAGAAGGAGUGGUGACGGAUAUGGCUUCAAGACACGAGGGCGUGUCGUCGGUGGCGCCGACGGCUGGCCGAGCCCCAAACAGGUCGACGAAGCCUCGCGUUUCCUCGACGCUGGCAGGCCCACCCCAGGCUUCUCCAUCAACUCUGUCGAGUCAGAGGGCACCGACCUCUAGUCGCGCGACGAGCAGUCGACAUCGCACGACGGCUUCUCCCUCUACAUCUGUGCGGCAUGCAUCGUCAUCCACAACCAAGAACAAAGGCAGUGGCAGCAGCAGCAACAGCAGCAGCGCUAGCAGCAAGAAUCUUACGCCAGCUCCAUGCCCCGGCUGCGAAAAGGCACGGAUCAACUUCCGGUGCUCGUCCUGUCUCACCCACUUCAAGUCGGUCUACCACCAGAAGCAAGCGGGCGCACGCAAGGACUUGCUCGAGUCGAAAAGGCGCGUCGAGGCGCUCUUGGGGCCCCUGGAGGAGCCCGAGGAGGGAGCGACGAGCGAGAGCAUCCUGGGGAGGUGGCCGGCCAUACCGGGAAGCUAUGCAGCACCAGCAGCCACGACGUCGUCUCCUUCGCCCAAGAGGCCCUCCGGCCUGCGUAGGCUUCUCUCGAUUCCUGAUCCGUUUGGGGACUACGACGAGGAGGACAAAUUGGAGCAACAAGGAGGCAACCAAGGCGAGCAAAACAAGCGAGGGCCGCACAAGGGCGCCAGCCAUGCCGCAAGAGAACUCCGAGCGAGGAAAGCAGCGUUGCAACUCGAGAUCCUCGAAAUGAGACAGAUGAAUGCGAUGGCAUCCCAGUCAGCCACUCGAGCAUCUGCGCGAAACAGGGAAAGGAGAGCCCAGCUCGACAGACGGAAGACGAUGCUUGAGCAAGCGCGUGCGCUCAUGUCUGGUGGCGAGCUGGAUGAUAGCGGUGCCUCUCAUGUACAACUUCAGCGGGCCCAAGAGGUGAUGAACGAGCUGGAGAAGAGGAGCGACGAUGUUGCCAAGGAGCUGGCCAAAGUGCGUGCCCUGCGGGCCAAAGAAGUCAUCUCCAUCUUCCAGGUCCGCCCUCCCUCUGGCUCUUUGGCCAGGCUCAAUGCCGACCGGCUUGUUUCUACGUCGACGUCGAGGAACCAGCGCAGCCGCGAGAGAUACAUGUCCAGUGGUAUCUUCGACUUGGCCGCAGUAAACCCUGCGUCAUCCAGGCAAACGGAAUCGCCACCAGCCUUGGCUCCGAUCAACCCAAACGAUUGGACCAUCGUUGAGCUCGUCUUGCCGGUCAUUUCUGAUCUCAGACGCUUCGAACGUGAUAGCAUUAAUGGGGCUGUCUCACAUACCGUCCACCUCCUGCAUCUCCUCGCAGACUACCUCGGCGUUGUCCUACCAUUCUUGAUGUCUGACGAAGGUGGCAAGCUGAACAUCCGGGCGAAUCAGCUGUACUCGUCGUUGAACUCGACAGGCGAACAAGAGUCGCUGGUGCUGACUCACGAAGCGCACGGCUCGCUGGGACCCGCUGUUGCUGCCAGCUCUUCGCAAGGCGCAGCUGGUGGGCUGGGCGCAUCGAUGAUGGGGAGCUUGACCGCAAGCACCAUGUGGACCCUCGACUCGUUUGUCAGUGUCAAGAGGCUCAACAGUGGAGAAAGCAGCACCACUUCAACUGCACCUGCUCCAGACUCGGCCUCUCUGUCUGCAAAGGAGUUUCGCUCUGCGUUGACGAAGCUCGCCUACAAUGCCGCCUACCUCACUCAUGUUCAAGGCGCGAGGGUCGAGCUAGUGCAUGCGGCUGGCAGCACACUUCGGCUGCUGUCGAAGGCGACACUGAGUAAAUCUCUAGGAAAAAUGGCUCAUACGACCUACCACGGCCCAUCUCACGCUCGGGAUCUGUCGUUCCCAGGCUUGGAGCUGAGCCAGUUGCUGCAGAUCAACGAAAAAGAUUCGCGAGGAGACACCAAGGACAGCUCCUCGGCAUCUUCGUCGCCUUCUUCCAAGAAGUACGCCCCGACUGGCGUGUCUCGGCCGCCGAGGUUGACCAAAGAGAAGGGCAGGCCAACGCUCCUAGAAGAGAGCUACGUCGAUGCAAGGCAGGCGGCAGAGUCUAUUUUGGAGCUGGACAGAGGCGCAGGGAAGGAGUCUUCAUCCACACGCAAAGAAGGGGCUCCAUAUCCAAAGGCCCACUCCAAAAAGGUAGCGGGCUCAUCUUCGCGCCCUCAAGCGCCCAUCAAUGUUGUCACGACCCCCGAGCGUCGGAUUGCGAGGACUCACAGCGGAGCGCACGAGCAGCUGGACAAAGUGGGGAGCUUGAAUUUCCUCAAGGCUCGAGGCGCAAAAGCAAGGGCCCAAGCGGCGCCAGCGUCGGUGACAACAACCAAAACAACAACAACAGGAGCAACAACGAUAGCGUCAGCACAUUCGACAGCCUCAUCAACACGAACGGCAGAAAUUAAGCCCGCGCCGCCCGAAAAGCCCAAAGAGGGUACCGUGACUUUCAAUGGAGUCGAAGUGCGAGCAAAGAGCACGUCAAAGCUUGCUGGCCGAAAGAGCUCGUCUUCUGCGUCACCACCACCAUCAGCUUCUCCGUUGCUUCCGACAAGGCCUUAUAGCGAUGCGCGAAGAGCCCGGGACGGGCUCGCACAAGGGUCAGGCACCGAUGUUGAUGAAGACGACGAAUGGGAUGUUGUGGAGCGUUGAGCCGCUCAUGUCUUUUCAGGUCCCGACUUACAUCAAUGUCGCUUGACUAGCCCUCGCUUAACCAGCCUCGCCUGACUAGCCACCACCGCUUCUUUUUACAUAAUUGUAUCAUUUGUUCUUUCUUCUUCCAAGCGCUUCGGGGCAAGUGUGACCAGCCUGAAGAGCGGAGAGCCUCACGGAGUUUGAAGUUGCGG